UACUUGGAAUAAUUUUCUCAGCUCUGCGCUACUUCAAUAAAGUCGUGAAAAUGAAAAACUUAUUCAUCGAGUUUUUCGUUUCGCUCGCGCUAGUCUCAAGCUUGCACGUCGUCGGCCAUCCCGUGGACAACGGCGAAGAGGCUCGGCCGGAAGAUUUCAAGUAUCACGUGGUCAUACGUCGCAAGGGUCAGUACAUUUGCAGCGGAGCCUUGAUAGCCGACUCGCACGUGCUCACGGCGGCACAUUGCGUUAAAAAAGACAAGAAACAUCUGUCGGUUCUGGCAGGAACGACGAAUCUGUGGCGUUACGAAGACGACGACGAGUCCCAAGAACGACUAGUCGCCAAAGUCCUCAAAGUCCACAUUCCCAGCAAGACUCACAUUCAAACUUUGACCAAUAUUGCGUUCAUCACCAAGUAUUACCUCGGCGACAUAGCCGUGCUCAAACUGGACAAGCCACUGGGCAAGAGUAGCCGCGUAAGCAAGUUGAAGCUGGCCUCGAGUCUGCCCGAGGCAGAGACAAGCGGCACAGUAGCCGGUUACGCGCACCUCGGCAGCAAGGACGGUCGCGUGAUCUUCGGGCCGAAGCUCCUCUACACCCGAGUCAACGUCAUGAAGAAUAACGAUUGCCAGGAGCUGCAUCGAUCCGCCUACCGGGUGAACUUUUGUGCCAACUCUCCGAGGGACUCGACGCAAAUAGUCCCGGUCGGCGUGUGUCAGGGCGACAGCGGCAGUCCUUUGGUCCAAGGCGACCGCGUCGUCGGCGUGCUGAGCUCCGGGCCGAAAAAGUGCGGCUACGACGCAGUUCCCGGCAUCUACGUCAGCGUCUCGACUUACAAAGACUUUAUCGAUUGCGUGGUCCAGGAAGACUCGUAAAUUGACCAUGUAACG